GGCUUCAGCUCUGCCUUCACAUGCCUCAGACUUAGACUGGUUUCUUGGUCGUGACGCAUCUUCUUAGUGAUACGAGGAAAUUGGCUGCCCACCUGCAAUAUAAGGGCAUCGAGGGAAAUACAUUGAUCAGAAGGAGAGGCAGAAUGAGAGCAAGCACACCCAGCUGACCCCCGCUUGCUUCAGCCACCCACUCCAACACCUUCUUUGCCCAUGCCUCAUUUUUGCUGAGCUCCUAAAGCCUCGGACCUGAUCAAGCCCAGACCUGAGUGGGAAGACACAGCCCCUAGCUUCACCUGGAUGCCACCAUGAGGCCGAUGUCCCUGGUGCCGCUCCUCACCAUCACUCUGCUGGUGUUCAGUGCUGGCCACGUCCUGCCGGCAGUGGCAGAGGGGGAAGGCAGGGAGCAGAAAGUGUGGGCAACAGCGGGGAGCCCGGCCGUGCUGCCCUGCCACCGGAGCCCCGGGAAGGUGGGGAAGAGCUGGAAGCAGCUGCCCGGCAAGACAUCUGUGCUGUGGAAGCGGCAUGGGGGAAGUGCCCACCAGGAGCCACACAUGGUGCUGGAGGUGGGCUACUCGGGCCUCUGCAAGACAGCGCUGCCCAUGAGACCCCGGGUGUCACUCCAGGACUCUGCCUUACGCAACGGCAACUUCUCCCUGCGAAUCGACCCGGUCCGGAGUGAGGAUGCUGGGCUGUACGAGGCACAGGUGGUGUACGGCGUGGAGGUCCGCAGCUGCCGUGUGGAGCUGGGGGUGGUGACAGUAACCCUCAGCCCACCCAGCCCUGUGGUAGAAAAUGAGCCGCUCGUGUUGAGCUGCAACUCCAGCCACCGGGCCAGCCUUGUGGAGACGCGCUGGUUCCACAACGGGCGCCUGGUCCCCACCUCCGCGACCUUCUGCUCCUUGCACGGGGCCCUUUCCAUCCUCCAGCCAGCCAUCAGUGAUGCGGGCUCCUGGGGCUGCCAGCUCAGAUACUCCGACAACGAGAUCAUUUCAGCCACGUACAACCUGCAAAUUCUAGGUUUUGAUGGCCCAGCCAACCCUGUGGUCUACGCUGCAAGCGGCUCUGCAGCUGAGCUACCAUGCACCGUGAGCUACCUUCCCAGUGCCUUUGGGAGCAGCACGGUGACAGCCCACUGGAGCCGCCUCACAGGAGGACACUUGCAAGGCUGGGGCAUCCCCCAGAAUUUGAGCAGCAGAAACUUCCCCCUCCACCUCCCAGCGGUGGGGCCAGCUGACGCAGGGCAGUACCGCUGUGCUGUCUCUGCUGGCAGCAAGACAACCAGCAGGGACAUGACCUUGGCGGUGAUUACAGUCACUCCGAGCAUCCAAGGACCGGUUUCUGAGGGAUGUCACUUGCUGCUCAUCUGCAGCCUCACACACCCCCGGGGCCAUGAACGUUUCCAGUGGAAGCAUCUCGACGCAGCCCCUGCUAACAGCAAGCUGGCUGUGGCCACUUCCCAGCACCAGCAAGGCCACGCACCCCAUAUGGGCCCUACCCUGGAAAUACUCCGGGUGUCACAGGCGGAUAUGGGCAUGUGGGAAUGCAGUGUACAUGGCCCAGAAGGCAGGCUGGGAGCAGUGGAGUAUGGGCUGCAGGUCACAGGUGCCCAGGUCUCCAGCCCUCCCACCAUCUUCAGCGGGCAGGUUACUUUUGGGCUCACACUCACCCUCUUCCUCCUGCUUGCGGUCUGUAUUAUGGCCCUGGCCCUACAAAAAAGGAAGCGGUCUCCUGCCUUCCCAGCACUGGAAGGGAUGGUUGCAGUCAUGGUGCCAAGGAAGAAGGAGGUGGAGGAAAACCAGAAAGAGAAGAUCCAGCAAACCGAGUGCUGAUGGGAGCAGGGACAGCGGGCUCAUCUGCUUGGGAGGAUGAAACUCUGCGUGCCAUGCUGCAGAGAGAUGGGCACCAUGCAGACCUCUCAGGACGGUCUAGGGAUGGCACAAACCGUGAGGCUGUGGGAGCUCUGUACCUGCAGAGGGGCUGGAAGCUGCGUACCAGGGCAAGCCGAGACUCACCGCUGCACCAAGGUGGCAGGCAGCGCAGGCGCUUCGGAGCUGUUGGGAGUAUUUGAGCCAGUAGCUAUUGCCUGCUUCAGUGCCACUUCUCCUGCCCAUCCUCUGCACCUCCUUCAGCCUCUCUCACAGCCUCGCACCAGUGGGAUGCUCAGAUGCGGGCAAUGGCUUGAGCCCACCUACCUGCAGCCCGAUGGCAUUUUCUCCCCCCUGCCCGCUCUCCUCACCCUCUCCCCACAUCACCGUGCUCCUGCACCCACCCAGUGGCAGAGGGGACACCACAGAGGACUGCACGUUGCACAUUUUGAGCAUUUUAUUUUAUCAGAAAUUUGUUUUAGAACCUAAAAUAAAUCUGUCUAACAAAACAACCCGCUAGCCCCGGCGUGUGCUUGUGGAGGACGGUGCCUGUUGACGGUGCCAGUGCACCUCUGCCUGCGUGGGGCAGGUUCUAAGGAUUUUGCUCCCUGCUCUUUCUCUUUCAUUUCUGUUCUACUGAAGCUGCCUGUUCAUUUCUGCCAUUUUCACAGUGGGGUAGAGGAAAUC